UGCUCUCUUUCUUCUCAAACCUGAUGUAUCUUUUCUGGACAAAUAAGGUAUAUUUCUUUGCCAGGAAAAUGUGAUGCAUCUCUCUGCUGAUAAAUAUGGUAUAGCUCUUCAUCAGAGGCUCCUUAAAUGCAUAAUAAAAUGACCCAGUGUACACACAUGGGUCACCUGAACCAAUUACCUCUCUGCAUACUGAUUUAUCGCUUGAGGGCUUUUUAUGGUGCUUGCUUAGGAGGAGACAGAUGGAGCGUGAUAAACUCAUAAACCCUGUCAGGCUGACGCUUUAGUACAGGAUGUGUUGCUGCUGUGUUUUUUAAUGUCAUUUGAGUCAUUUAGGCUUAUUGAUAUUUCCUUUACAUUAACGUUUCUGCCUGUCAUCAAUCCAGUUGGCUGAUACAAUGGCAUGUGGGACUAGGUAGGCACACUAUUAGAACUUGAAAACAUAUGUUUUUGUCCAGAAAUUUUGUCCAGAAAUUGUCUUUUCUUUCCUUGAAGCCUCUGUGAAUGACUAACCAGAACUGGGCUUUCAUGCUGUCAUUUCUCUCUUCCCAGCUGGUGUAAAGAGGUUGUGUGGUCAUUACAGGAUUUUUAUUAACUUGACUCUUCCAGAUAUUGUGGGACUAUUUUUACAUUUAGAUUAGCUGAAAUGUACUCUCAUGUUAGCUUUCAGCUAACUGGACCACUGUUAGGUGGUGGAGACACAUGUACACACCAAGGCAGCUGGGAGUGGAGAAGGUUUUAGGGGCUGUACCAAAAUACCAGCCUAGAAAGCAGUGAAGGGCAGAGCCUCUGUAGCUUGCAUUUGUUUUCCACUCUGCCUUGCUUCCAGGGAGAUCUGCUCUGUCACCUCAGUUUGUGUGAAUUCAGACCAAAGAAACCCUGUCUAAAUGGCCGAGAGCUUCCUCAGUUCCCAAUUUAGCUGCAAGCAUGUCGUGUUCUCUCCAACUCCCCCGCAGUGCCGGGGACCCUGUCACAAGGACAGAGUCCACAAGCCUGAACUUUAUAUUAGCCUUUUUCUCUCUGCAGAGAAUGUGAGGUAAGGGGUUGAUCCAUCCUAAAUGGUGGUUUUAAAAGCUUUUGCACCCUCUGAUUCAAUUUGUUUGCCCAAAUUACUUAUUAGAAAGAAGCCCAAGCAUAAUACCGUGACUCUUUUCCCCUACAUGCUUGAAUUUGAGCUGAAGCCUUUACAAAACAUGAUACAAUUUUUUGGCUGUAUGUAGCCAUGGUGCAGCUCUGAUUUUUGACCUUGUAUAAGCUGCUUAACCAUGGAGCCUCUGGGGUGAGACCCCCUCUUUCAAAGACAGUACCUUCCUGGGAGCGUGCAGCGUGUAUCACUUUGGAGCAGGAGGGGUGAGCAGCUCACAGCGUGCCCUUUCUCUCCCUUGCCUGUCGUGCAGAGAGAUUAUGGAGCUACCUUAAAUAAGCUCCAGCUAGGACUCUUAUCUUGGCCUUUGCAAACUAGCAGAAAGUUGAAGUGAUGACAGCAGAUAAGGGUGUUCACUUUUGAAGCCUAUUGGCUGGUUCUCUGAACUUUUUUUUCCCCUGGGAGCCAGUCAUUCAGAGGUUCAGCUGGCAUAGCCCGAUUGUUCUGCCCCGCAGAGACCACGGAGCGGACACGAGGGGCUGGGGUCUGGAAGGGCAGAUCUUGUGUCACCAGCUGUCUCAGCUGUGUCACCUGCCCGGGGAUGAGACCUGCGUGAUCCCGUCAGCUGAGAGAAACUCGGGCUCGUGUUUUCCUUGACCUUUCUUCACCUUGGAGAAGUGCAGAAUGGAUCGUGAGAAAUUGUGUCCAUCGAGUUUGCUGCCACCUGGGCUCAACCCAGCUGAACCAAUUUUGGAGGAUACCCUUGCUGCGAUCGUCUGGACGUGCUCCUAGGAGGAGAAGAAACUAAAGGAAUUUGGCAUCAUUGCUGUAGUUUGAGGAAAAACAUUCCUUCUGACUUUGGAGAGAGCUACAAGGAGGAUCUGUGUGAUGUCCUGAUCUUCCUUCAUUUCCUGCUGAGCAUGGGGUAACAGUGUGUGACCAUGGUGGUCACCCAGUUACAGCUGGAACUGUGCUUCCACGGCAAGAAGCUGAGAGGUUUCACCUGCAAGUUGACCAGGUCAGCCAGUGGAUUUCUCCCAGAGACUUCAUUCUCCAUUGCCUCCCAGAUUUUUGUGCCGUUCCUUCUGGCUGGCUUGGGAAUGGUAGCUGCUGGCCUCUUGAUGGAUGUUGUUCAACACUGGGAUGUGUUUCGGACAAUUACAGAAGUGUUUAUCCUGGUUCCUGCCUUGGUUGGCCUGAAGGGUAAUCUGGAGAUGACACUGGCAUCCAGGCUCUCCACUGCUGCUAACACUGGACAGAUGGAUGAUGCCCAGAAGCAAUGGAAAAUGGCCACCUGCAAUCUAGCCCUUAUCCAGGUCCAGGCCACUGUGGUGGGACUUCUGGCUGCUGUUGCUGCUGUGAUCCUGGGAGCCAUCUCCAAGGGCUCUGUGGAGCUGAGCCAGGCUGCUGUGCUGUGUGCCAGCAGCGUGACCACGGCCUUCAUAGCUGCACUUUCCCUUGGUCUGGUGAUGAUUGGUGUGAUCAUCGGAGCAAGGAAAGUUGGGAUCAAUCCAGACAAUGUCGCCACACCCAUAGCAGCGAGCCUUGGAGAUUUGAUAACCCUCUCCCUCCUUGCAGGAAUCAGCAGUACACUCUUCAAAUACAUAGAUGUGAAGUACCUUUCUCCUCUGAUCUGUGCUGUCUUCAUUGUCAUGAUCCCUCUCUGGGUUGCUAUUGCCAAGCAAAGUCCUUCCCUGGCCGAAGUGCUGAAGUCUGGGUGGCAGCCGGUUAUUGUUGCCAUGAGCAUCAGCAGCAUUGGCGGGCUCAUCCUGGAUAAAACUGUAACUGACCCAAACUUUGAAGGCAUGGCAGUUUUCACACCUGUGAUUAAUGGUGUUGGGGGGAAUCUGGUUGCCAUCCAAGCCAGCCGAAUUUCUACAUUCCUGCACUUCUGGAGCAUGCCUGGAGUUUUGCCCUACAAGAUGAGGCAGAACUGGCCCAACCCAUGCACUACAUUCUUCUCAUCAGGGGUGAAUUCCAAGUCAGCCCGGGUCCUGUUCCUCCUGGUUAUCCCAGGGCACCUCGUGUUCCUGUACACCAUCCAUCUGCUGCAGGGAGGCCACACAUCCCUGUCCUUCACCUUUGUGAUGUUCUAUCUGGCUGCUGCUUUGCUGCAGGUGGGGAUCCUGCUCUACGUGGCCGACCUGAUUGUGCGCCUGAUGUGGAGGAAGGCUCUGGACCCGGAUAAUUUCUCCAUCCCCUACCUCACUGCCCUGGGUGAUCUCCUGGGCACUGGGUUCCUGGCCAUCUGUUUCCGCCUGGUUUGGCUCAUCCACGGCACAGACAUGAACCUGGGGAACUGAGACUCCACGUGCUGCUCUCAUCCCUCGUGCCAUACGGUGCUUUCCUCCGGGGCACCGCUGGGAUCAGCGCCGGCUCACCCGGCUGGGCUGGGCCUCCCCUGCCACCCCGACACCCCCCUGCCCUCCCCACCGUGCCUUAAAGCCGGGCUCGCCCGCCCCGAGGAAUCAGCACCCACAGCCCUCGCAAGGGAGCAGGAUGGUUUUAAGAAGCACCCGCUGCUCACACCUGCACCUGGCAAAGGAGGCAACAAAGGAGCAUUUGGGCCGCAGGGAAGGAAGGAGCAUCUGGGCUGUGGUCUCAAUCCCCAGCGCUGACACAGCCCUGAGGCUGCUCCAAAGCCGGCCGAGGUCACUGCGUCUGAUCCUGCAAGCGGAUGUUGCAUCCCUCCAUCGAACUCUGACUUUCCAUCAAGGGAAAUUCUUUAUUUGCCCCACUUUUCUCCUGCUGAAUCCCUGGAGUAGCAGAGCAACCAGGUCUUUAAACUUGUCUCCUCUCCAUCGCUCAGAGGCUCAGGAUCUGAGGCAGCGAGUUGCUGGCUCAUGCCCAGCGGAAGGUUAUCUAGGGAUACUACCUACCUGCCCUGACAGCAUUGCUGGUGCCUGACCAAAAAGCUGGUUAGAUUGCAUUUUGAGGGCAGGAAGGUUUGUUUUUACGGUUUAUGAAAUGUCCAGUAGUCAAAAUGUUUAUAGUAAUACACACACAAAUAAAGUGGGUAAAAAAAAAAAAUAAAUGUAAUGCUGUGG